AUGCAAUUCUGGAAAUACUCAACUAGUGCAUUGGCCACUCUUCUUGCGGUUGUAUCCAUCACCAAUGCUAGUGGCCCCGCUGAUGGCGAAGCUAUUGCCGAUCCAAACUCUGCUGUUGUCAAAUUAACCACUGACAACUUUGCCACUUUCCUUGAAGAAAAUCCAUUGGUUUUGACAGAGUUUUUUGCUCCUUGGUGUGGAUACUGUAAAAUGUUGGGUCCUGAAUUUUCCAAAGCUGCUGACACUUUGAAUGAAUCUCACCCAAAUAUCAAGUUGGCUCAAGUUGAUUGUACUGAAGAUCAGGACUUGUGUGCUGAGCAUGAGAUUAAAGGAUACCCAACUUUGAAGAUUAUCAGAGAUGGUGAAUCAAAAUCUGCCGAAGACUAUCAAGGUCCAAGAGAGCACCAAGGUAUUGUUGACUACAUGAUCAAACAAUCAUUGCCAGCUGUUCAAGUCCCAACUUCAUGGGAAGAUUUGGAAAAAUUAAUCAAGGAACAAACCAAACCAUACAUUUUGAAAGUCGAUGGUGCUGCUGAUGAUAUUUUUGAAAAAAUUGCUACUGGCAAGAGAAAUGAUUACACAUUUAUCGAUGUUGGCAAAGAUUACUUGAAACAAUUGGGCAAAGUUAUAAACCAAGACUUGAAAAAGGCUUCCUACUUGGUUGUUCAUCCAGGAGAGGUUGUCGAUGCUAUCAAAUUCGAGGGUAAAGCUGAUUUGGAAAAAUUGAAUGAAUUCAUUUCGGUUGAAACAUUGCCAUACUUUGGUGAAAUUAGUAGAGAUACCUACAUGGCUUACAUGUCGUCAUCUUUGCCAAUUGCUUACUAUUUCUACAAGACUCCAGAACAAAGAGAAGCUAUUGCUGCUGACUUAAGUAAGUUGGGUAAAAAAUACAGAGGAAAAUUAAACAUUGUUGGUUUGGAUGCCAACUUAUAUGGAAGACACGCUGAAGCCAUUUCAAUGGAUCCUGAAAUUGUUCCAUUGUUUGCUAUUCAACAAAUUGUUGAAAACAAAAAGUAUGGUAUUAACCAAACUGAACACCCAGAUGGUCCAUCAUUCAAGGUUAUUGAGAAAUUUGUAGCCGACUUUUUUGACAACAAGGUGGAACCAAUCAUCAAGUCGGAACCAUUACCAACUGAAGAAGAAAGAGCAGCCAACCCAGUUGUCAAAUUGGUUGCUCACAAUUAUGAUGAAAUUAUGAAAAACACUGACAAGGAUAUCUUUGUUAAAUACUAUGCUCCAUGGUGUGGUCACUGUAAAAAAUUGGCACCAACUUGGGAAGAAUUGGCUGAAAUCUUUGGAUCAAACAAGGAUGACUCACAAGUUGUCAUUGCUGAUUUGGAUCACACUGCCAAUGAUGUCGAUAUUCCCUAUGAUAUCAAAGGAUACCCAACUUUGUUGUUGUACCCAGCCAAUGGUGAGAUUGAUGAAAAGACUGGAUUGAGAGUACCAAUUGUCUUUGAAGGUCAAAGAGAGUUGAAUGCCUUGCUUGAUUUCGUCAAGGAAAAAGGUGCUUUGGGAGUUGAUGGUUCUGCAUUGCAAGAAAAAUUGAAAGAGGCUAAAGACGCUGCUGAAGAAGCCGCCGGGGAUGUUGCUGAAGAAUUGAAAGAUAAAGUUGCUGAAGAAAAGGAUGAAGUUGAACAUGAUGAAUUGUAG